AUGGAAUUAGUUAAACUUGAUGAAAAAUUAUCACUCAAAAAGACGGCUUCCAAGUGCAAAAGUCAAAUUACAGCAUUGAAUGUGUUUGAUGCAGCAUACAAACAACAAACCAAUGGUAUUCUCGAUGAACUUGAUGUGGAACCAGUUAAAAAGUUACAUAUUAUGACUGAAAGCAUUAAUAAAAAGAAUGAUGAUGAAGGUAUAGUAGUUAAUGAAUAUUUUACAGAACAUUUUUCUCAUUUUAAUAAUAAUAAUUUUUAUGAAGAGGAUGACGACUAUACUGAUGAAACAAUUAUAAAAUUGGAAGGUUUCAAUACAAUAGAUGAUAAUGACAAGAUGUGUUCUGAUAAGAAAUGGAAAUUACCUUCAAAUAAGUAUGUAGAAGACAUAUUGUAUGAAUAUGCUAAGGAUUUACCAUAUGAAAGGUGGGUGUCUGAUUAUUUGAGAUAUGUUUCAUAG